GUUGCGUAAUACCCACACGGCCUCUUUCCUUUAGCGCUUAUUUAGCUAUCUUGCCACUAGACGGACUGACGUGAAAUCGACAAAAACUCGUCAUUAUUAUUUGUUAUUCCGAUUCUUUUCAUUUGUUUCCUCAAGAGUGUAUCAGACACCAUGCCCAUGUACCAGUUAAAGCCAAUAUGUGGGAGUGACAUAAAGAUUGAUUUGCCAGCGUGCAUGUACAAGCUACCGAAUAUCCACGCGCAGCAGGGAAGCGGCUGCGCCGAACAUGCGUUGCAGAACGGAGACGUAGAUCCCGCUCUUAAAGCUCUGGAAGCUCGUCAGGAUGAGAUCUUGCGCAAGCUUUACGACCUGAAAGCAGCAGUGGAUGGCCUGGCCAAGACAGUCACCACUCCAGAUGCAGACCUGGAUGCUACCACCCUGCCACAGAGCCCCACGGGCUCCCCGUUCACAGGCACGGCUGAUCUGGAUGCCCUGCUCGGCAAGGAUGUGGGCGCCCUGAGGGACAUCGUGGUGAACGCCAACCCAGCCAAUCCGCCGUUCUCGCUGCUGGUACUGCACGGGUUGCUGUGUCGACGCUACCGCGUGCUGUCCUCCGUGUAUGUGCACUCAAGCGUGACCAGUGUGCCCCCACAGUUGCUCUCGUGCCUGGGCCAGCCGCCCGCCGACAGCUACACACGGGACCGCUUCCAGCUGGGCUUCACGCUCAUAUGGAAAGACGUGCCAACGCUUCAGAUGAAGUUCAGCACCCCGAGCAUGUGUCCCAUCGAGGGCGAGGCUAACGUGGCCCGCUUCCUCUUCCGCCUGCUGGGCGCCGAGCCCCGUGACCCCGUGGCAGCCACGCGGGCCGACUGCUGGGUGGACGUGGGCAUCAUCCAGCUGGCCGAGGGCAGCGCCAAGGAGCGGGCGGCGGCGGUGCGCGCGCUGAACGCCGCCCUCGGCUGCUCGCCCUGGCUGCUGGGCAGCGAGCUCUCGCUGGCCGACAUCGUGUGCGCAUGCAGCCUGCUGUGGGCCGGCCAGGCCGACGCCGCACCUGCCAACGUGAAGCGCUGGCUCCAGGCCUGCCGAAACCUGGGCCACUUCGACUGCGUCUACACGCUUCUGCAGUGAGGGGGGGCUAUGAAAGGAGGGUCCAGGCUCAUAUAGAUAAAGAGAAGCUGUACAUCCAUAAUAGUAAGUUAAAUUAACUACAGAGAAACACAUUAAGUUGAAGUUAUUGUAUGGAGUUGCAGAGAAGCUGUUGAGGGGGUCAGUGAUGGGUGAGAUCCCUGCAGAGGGAAAACCUUUUUUUUUUUGGCUCAGUGCAGGUGGGACUUAAGUAUACACGGUCAUAGCAGACCUGAGGUCAAUAUGAGGCAUGUAUGUGCUCCGAGCAGGCUAAUAGUAAAAUAUCACACUGCUGAUUCACCCUUGAACAGGAGUGGUUUUGAAACUGACCCCAGGCCAUUGUUGUAUUUAUAAUGCACUCAGAGCAGAGAACAGGCAUGUUCAGGACCUGAUACUGAAUGGAUGCUUUAAACACAAAUCUGCCCUCCACCUUGUGCCUAACAUACUGUACUGUGUCUAACAUGUUCAAACUGAAUAAUACCUGGUUUGCUAAGUGAAGUUCUAAAUGGAAGCAGUGGACCUUCUGAUACUGUAUGUAGUGUGAAAGAUGAUUUUAGCGCCUUAAAGCCUAUUAAAAUUUUCACAUUCAGUCAAA